GUAAUUAAUUAAUCAAACCGGAAGUAAAUUUUCCAUUAUAUAAACGAAGCUGUGCACGAGCAGAACAUGAAGUAACUCGUAAAUUAAACAGCAGUUAUUGUCAACUAUGUCUUCUCAUGGAGCUGAACAUCAUCACGAACAUCAUCAUGAACAUCAUGAAGAAGGCGGUCAUGGUCAUGACAACAAAGAUCAUUGCAAAUCGUCUGAACACUGUGUGAAAGACUGCCACGACAAAGAUGGUGCAGGUCAUGGAUCUCAUGACAAGCCACAACAUUGUGGAACUGGUUGUCAUAAACCAGGAUCUGGAAAAGAUCACUGUGGUCACUAAACAUAUGUAUCAAAAAUUCCUAGAUAGUUCAUAAACUUAUUUCUUAAAAAUAACUAACACAAAGUAACUACACACAUUUUAUUGACUACUGAAUUCCAAAUAUACAUUUUUAGUGCCUGUACACUUUUUGAUUUUAUGUAACGUUAAUUAUUUUGUCUAAUCCACUGUUUUAUUAAAGUUAUACUCACAUUAAUUAGAAUCUUCCAUAGUAA